UUCAACUACACUAUUAUUACUACAUUCAUCUUUACCGAUGGAUUUCUUCUACUUUGAAAACCCUCACCCUUCCAACUCUCAUGAUCAUCAUCUUCAUAACAACAUGCCUCCAUCAUCCCCUGAGAUCGCACUCUCCGAUUUCCUCCUUCUCGAUGAUUUCCUUCAUCAUCAUCAUCAUCAUGGAGACUCUCCACCAUCAUCACAAAGCACUGAGUCUUCGGAAAAACCAACCUUCAGUGAUACCACUCAUGGAUUCACCACUGGUGCAACCUCUAAGAACAACAACAACAACAUAAAGUGCAAGAACGCGAAUAGUGGAAGCAAAGCAAGGUUGGGUCCAAGAAUCGCGUUCAGAACUCAAUCAGAGCUUGAGAUCAUGGAUGAUGGAUACAAGUGGAGGAAGUAUGGUAAGAAGUCCGUGAAGAGCAGUCCAAAUCUAAGGAACUAUUACAAGUGUUCAAGUGGAGGAUGCAGUGUGAAGAAAAGGGUGGAAAGGGACAGAGAGGAUUCCAGCUAUGUGAUAACAACAUAUGAAGGUGUACACAAUCAUCAGAGUCCUUUUACCACAUACUAUAGUCCUAUCUCUUUUCUACAUUCUGAUGAUUCUACAUCUUCAAAAUGACACCUUAAGAACUGGUUUUCAAGAUCCCUUCAUGCAGGGGAAGAAGCUAUGUAUCAUACCAUGCUUAUUUUCAUCAUGUAAUAGGUUGAAGAGAGUCUCUACUCAGAUCAUGGAACUUUGUUCUGAAUUCUAUAACUUUUUUUUUGCACUUCGUUUCAGAGGAGUUUUAUUUCUCACUUCAUUUGAAUACCAACUUUUGUUAGUUCAUAUCACAAAGAACAUUAAUGUGUAACUUUGUUCAAACUUUUAAAAAGCAAGUUUCUUGUAUUA